AUGGAAUCAACUAGCUAUUCGAAAUCGAACUCAACACCGACUUGCCCUCAAACAUCAACACCCGUCUCGACUCCAUCGCACAAUGGACCUUUUUUCAUGGCGAACCAACAUGAUUUAUCGCUUUUGUUUGAAACAUUGGUAAGUCUUUUUGGUUUUAUAAACAUGGUGUGGCCAUAAUUAAAUCAAUUUUUUUCUUUUUGCUAUAAAUUGGUUGAAUUUAUCGAAUACAGUAGGGGGAUUAUUAAAGUUAGCCAAAGGUGGUCUUACAAGGGAAGUGCAAAAGGUCAUAUCGAAAUAUACCAAAUCGGCCAUGCUGAUCACGAAUCCGAAGUCAAAAAUUGCCGCAUAUGCUUGUGAGCACUUUUCUGGAGCUCCAAAGUUAGAAUUGAGUUUUGGUUUUUGCCCAUUUUCACCUUGUUCCUGGGUGGAAAAACAACUUUCAUGUUUCAAAUAAGGUUGUUCACCACAUUCGAAAAUAACACGUUGACUUCUUUCUGGAAAACAGUCUGAUUUUUCAGCACUUCCAUGAAUUUUUGACAUUUUUUUCGGGCGGCUUCUGCUCUUUCCACGAGUACACGUUCACGUGAUUUUAAUAGUUUUUCGGAUUUCAUCUUUUUUCUUCACCAAAUUUCGAAUGAGAAUUCGCAACAGGCAUUUCUGAAUAGCCCGAAAAAAGAAAAGAAGAAAUUUAAUUACGGCCACAACUAUAUGAAUCAAUGAACCAAAAAAAUAUCAGAAUUUUCUGAAAAGACAUGCACAUUUUCAACAAAAAUCAGAAAAAAAAAAUUACUCUCGGCUUUUGAAAAUGAUAUCUUCUGAUUUUCAGGUUCCUCAAUCGAUGGGACAAUUUUUGGUGUUUUCCUAGGAGAACACCAAAAAACCUCUUCAAACAAAAAGCUGAUAAUACGCUUCGACAGGCCAUAAAAUCUUGUAAAUUGAGUGGAACUGCUGUUAUUACUCCGAUUGAACCGUACACAUUCAUUGAUUUAAACAUUGAAAUCUUUGACAGAAGGCUAUCAUUGGAAAAGUUUACCAUCGAUGUCAAACGCGGUGAGUAUUUUGAAAACUUCUGUUGUUUUGACAAAUCGUUAUUCUUGUUUUUCAGAAACAACAUCGAUGAGAACUGUUUAUCAAAAAAAUGAACAUGCAAUCAACUAUAUUGUUGAAAUACUCGAAUCCGGAGAAUAUACAAUUAAAGGAUCAUAUGACGGCCACAAAAUCUUCACUCAUCUACUCGGUUGUGAACACCCGGAAGAGAUGCAGGUAUAAAAAAUUCAGUUUCUUGAAACCAUACAGUUUUCCAGAUGGAUGAAAACGAUUCGGCACUGAACACCCUAUCGAAUAUUAACUCAAGUAUCUUCCAAAACACAACCAAUGUUUUGGAAACCACGUAUGAAACAACACAAGAAAGCGGAAUUGGUUCGACCAACAAUUUGGUACAAGAUAAAGCUGAGGUUUGUGUUGUUUUCACAAUGAAAUUUUCAAUUACAGUAAUUUUUAUAGCUCAAGAAAGAACUGAGAGAAUAUUUGAAAGGAGUCAAAUAUAACGAAUGUCGACUUUUCUCAAGUCCUGGAAAAGAUUCUGGAAAUUCAAAGUUAUCGACUCAAGGUUACAAUGAAUUGUUUAGGUUAGGUGAAUGACUUUCAUACAAUUUUGAAACGUAUUUUAGCUUAUAAAUUUUUCGAAAAUAAAAACUUCAAAAUAUCAUCAAAAAAUUAAAUCUUCUGUAAUUCAGCGGUUUGUAUGAUUUUCGUGUUUCUGCAAACUGUCAUCAUUUUUAUUGUUUCAACAACAAGGCUUCAUGCGACUUUAUAGGCUUUUCAGGCCCAGAAAAAAUCUGUGAUAUUUUAUUUUGUAUUAUAAUAAUAAAUUCUCAAAAAAUCUACAUAAUUUAUUUUUCUUCUUCAUCAGAAUAUCCCGUAGUAUCAGAUUUCUAAAACACUCGAUUUUGAGUGAAGCGAAAAAUAUUUGCGCGUUUCGUUGAAAAUGAAAACGCUUGAUGUGAUGGUUGUUAGAAAGAUGAGAUCUGAAACGAGAAAUUGGUGAAGUUCUUGAGAAUUGAUUGGUUGAAAAACUAACCAAAAAACGAGUUUUUCAAAAAAAAAAAACGACCCGAGUUUUUUCAAAAAAAAAAUCGGCCUGAGUUUUUUCAAAAAAAAAAUCGGCCUGAGUUUUUUCAAAAAAAACGACCCGAGAUUUUUUUUCAAAAAAAUCGGCCCGAGUUUUUCCAAAAAAAAAUCGGCCCGAAUUUUUUCAAAAAAAAAAAACGACCCGAGUUUUUCCAAAAAAAAACGACCCGAGUUUUUUCAAAAAAAAAAUCGGCCCGAGUUUUUUCAAAAAAAAAAACGACCCGAGAUUUUUUCAAAAAAAUCGGCCCGAGUUUUUCCAAAAAAAAAUCGGCGAGUUUUUUCAGAAAAAAAAUCAAAUAAAAAAAACCAUACAGUUUUCCAGAUGGAUGAAAACGAUUCGGCAGUAUCUUCCAAAACACAACCAAUGUUUCGGAAACCACGUUUCAAACAACACAAGAAAGCGGAAUUGGUUCGACCAAUAAUUUGGUACAAGAUAAAGCUGAGGUUUGUGUUGUUUUCACAAUGAAAUUUUCAAUUACAGUAAUUUUUAUAGCUCAAGAAAGAACUGAGAGAAUAUUUGAAAGGAGUCAAAUAUAACUUUCAUACAAUUUUGAAACGUAUUUUAGCUUAUAAAUUUUUCGAAAAUAAAAACUUCAAAAAUUCAUCAAAAAAUUAAAUCUUCAAGAAAAAUCCGAGAUAAGAUGGAAGAAAGCCGAUUGAGAUGUUUUGGACACGUGAGAAGAGCGGAUGCAAGUUCGAUGAUCAGGUUGGCAGAAGCUUAUGAAGCUGAAGCAGAACUAGGCCGCGGAAGACCCAAACUGCGAUAUUAGAAUAUUAUAAACAAUGAUAUGAAGACCAACAAAAUAUCAGAAACCGAUGCAAUGGAUCGUAUGAAAUGGAGACAAAUGAUCAAGAGUGCAGACCCCAAACGGUGAAAAAAGUAUAACCGUGAAAUAUGCCACAAGCAUCCCUAGAGUCAUUUCGCAAAAAUUGCAACUAACCAACCUACUCGAGAUUUUCAGGUUCCUCAAUCGAUGGAAUCAACUAGCUAUUCGAAAACACGAACCUCUUCCCUCAAAGCUGAUAACACCCGUCUCGACAGGCCAUAA